CGACGACGACGACGACGACGAGUCAACGGUUGCCUCGCUGCGCGGUGAGCUGCAGACUCUGCGGCUGGUGGUGGCGAAGCGACUCGCUGCCCCCACCGCCGAUGUGACGACGCGCCACAGCAGCAGCAACACGGCGAUGCAGUUGGGUGUGGUGGAUUGCCUCCGUGCGCUGCUGCUUUCGCUCCUGCAAUCAGCAUCCGUUUCUAUGGGAGCAGCGACGGCAAACGGUGGUGCGACUGCGGAACUGUCGUCGCAGCCGAGCGAAAAUGGAAUGCAGGCAAUACGGCAGGUCGUUGAGGGCAUUUUGUUGCCGCUGACAACAGCGGUGGAUGCGCUGCGGUCCUCGGCAGGAGGAGGCGGUGGGAAAGGGUCCCAGGUGGCAGUCCGAGGACACAACACGGCUCCUGUAUCGCCGUUGGUGCUGACGAGUGCACUGCGUGUGCUCGAGGAGUUGGUGUGGCUCAGCAGCAGGCGCGCAGCCGUAAAUGACGGCUGUACUGAGAACUCGGCAGAGGCGCCGCUUGUUGCGGUGGUACGCUUCGCCGUAACCCG